GACACAAACAACAGUUCAUGUGCCGCAUAGAGCUGCUGUCUGUGACUGGGUCUUACGCUACUGCAGCAUGACGAAACCCUGUGGGUUCGAGUUCUGGAGGAGCACUCUGAAGGGUGCGCGGUACGUGGUCGCGCCCAUGGUGGACCAGAGCGAGCUCGCGUGGAGGCUGCUGAGCCGCAGACAUGGCGCAGAGCUCUGCUACACGCCCAUGCUGCACGCCCAGGUGUUCGUCAGGGAUGCCAACUACCGUCGGGAGAACCUGUAUAACGAGCUCAACCAGGAUGACCGACCCCUCAUCACACAGUUCUGUGCCAAUGAUCCUGAGGUGUUUAUCCAGGCUGCUCUACUUGCCCAGGAUUACUGCGAUGCCAUCGAUCUGAAUUUGGGCUGCCCACAGAUGAUUGCAAAAAGAGGCCAUUAUGGUGUGUUUCUUCAAGACGAGUGGGACCUUCUUGAGAAAAUGAUUAAACUGGCUGAUGAAAAACUUUCCGUGCCCAUUACUUGCAAAAUCCGGGUCUUCCCAGAGAUUGAGAAAACUGUGAAGUAUGCCAAAAUGCUGGAAAAGGCUGGAUGCCAGCUCCUCACAGUUCAUGGGAGAACUAAAGAUCAAAAGGGGGCUUUGACAGGCAUUGCAAGUUGGAAGCACAUAAAAGCUGUACGAGAGGCUGUAAACAUUCCCGUUUUCGCCAAUGGAAACAUCCAGCACCUGAGUGAUGUUCAGCGCUGCAUGGAGGAGACUGGAGUACAAGGUGUCAUGAGUGCAGAAGGGAAUCUUCACAAUCCUGCCCUGUUUGAAGGCUGUAGUCCACCUGUGUGGGAGAUGGCUGAGGAGUACCUGGAGGUUGUGGAGAAACACCCACCCUGUAGUCUGUCUUAUGUCCGUGCUCACAUCUUUAAACUAUGGCACCACACCUUACAGAUACAUCAAGACCUGAGGGAGGAGCUGGCCAAAGCGAAAAACGUAGCUGGGGUUGCAGAGGUCAACAGACAGCUGAAACAACGUUGCCAGAAGGAGAUGGCUAAAGAUGAAUCAGAAUGGACUCAGACUCGACUUCCCUUUCCUCACUGGAUAUGCCAGCCCUACGUCAGACCACCGCCCAAGGAUCCAAACACUGAAAAUGGGCAGAAAGCACCGGAAACAAAAGCUGUGAGUGUAAAGAGGGCACUGGAGGACGGCGACGGAUCCAACGACUCCCUGUCCAAGAACAAGCAGAAGAAGAAAGCCCGUAACCCCAACAAAAACUUCUGUCCAGAGCUGAAACCUAAAUAUAUUAAGUGUGAGCAGUGUGGAAACCCUAAAGGGAACAAGUGUGUGUUCAACUUGUGCCGUGGCUGCUGCAAGAGGAAGGCUUUCAAGGAAGUGGCUGAUUGUCCUGGCCAUGGAUUGAGAUUCAAAACCAAGGCUUUGAAACAGUGUAAAUCAGAUACGGGUGGUGGGCUGACUAAUGGGACAGUUUCCACUGCAGUCCAUGAUCCAUUGUAAAGCAGAUGUGUGCUGGAUAUGGGCAACCGUGACAUCUGAAGACACAUUGAACUGAUUUAUCACUUCACAUUGCUGCACUGAAUUGGAGGUACAAGACUGCAUUUGUAGCCAAAAUUGGUUUGUCACUGUUGAUAUGUGAUUUGGAUCCAUAUCACACCAAAUUAACUGAACAUGCAAAGAAACAGGCGUAGAAAAGAUCAGUGCUACUGUUACUUAGGCUAGUCCAUCUGUAGAGUCAUUGUUUUCUGUAACGAAGUACCACUUUCUGGACUGCUGUUGGGUGAAUAGUUCCAUGUUCUUAAUAUUUUAAGAUUGCUUAUUAGAAUAGUAUAUUUUGAUAAUUACUGGGAAAGUGGUAUAUGAAGCAACCACUCUUAUUGCACAAACCUGUACUGCUCCCUGCUCACCUUAGAGGAGCUGGACGUUUAACUUGGGACGCUCUGUGGAAAUACACUGAUGGACAUCUUCACUCAAACAUUAUUUGAACUGCAUUUUUACUAUAUUUGUCUUCCAAAACGAAAGAUAUGGCAGAUAUGUAUGUUGCAACCACAAUCAAACACCUUUGACUUUUAAUGCAUUUUUAUGUUUGUUUUUUUUUGAACAUGUACAUAAAUGUACUUUUACUCUGAGAUCUCUAAUUACAUUCCUGUAUGGUCAUGAUCAUUGUGACUAUUUCACACACUCAUACUGACAUUCAUUUUAGAGAUGAGGAAAGUUACACUACAAAGAUUCCUGACCUAGUGAAUUUGUUAUUUUUUUAAAUAUGUUGUCUGAUUCAAAUACCUUACCCUUAUUGCCGUGAUUGUAUUGCCUUUGUCUUUGUCAUUCUUUGAGCGUUUCAAAAAAGUAUGCAACUCCAAUACAACUUUGGUUCAAUAUAGUGACAUUUUCUUAUUAUUAUAAACCGACAUGUUUAUUUUUCCACACCUUACUUUAAAGCAUCAGGACUCAACUCAGUGCCUUAUUCUAAAUAUGUGGGACAGUUACUCAGAAAACCCCUUGAAUUAAUCCAAUACGGUCCAUAAAUGUAAAUGUGUGUACAGAGCUGUGGUUAUUCUGUAUGGGGGGUGUUUCUCAUCUGUUCCUUGGGCUUAGUGUUGUUCAAACAUUUUGGAAAUUUUGCUCAAAUUUUGAAGUGUUAAAAUUAGCAUUUCUCCUUUUCUAAUAAUAUGACCAAAAAAACUGAAUAGUUCUUAAAUGUUACUAGGUAUAGUUUAUUCAAGGCCAUAAAAGCAAGUAGUCUACCUUUGAAUGUCACUGACCAGCUUAUGAUAAUUCACUGGGGUAACAGUCUUACUUAAACAGUAGAACACAACACAACAGAGAAAUAACUAAAUGUUAUUAAACAGAGAUGACACUGAAAUCACUCUAAAGAGUGUUCAAAUCAGUCUUGCAUUUCCAGUUGCAACACUAGAAACAGAAAAAAACUUUCCGGAUUGAAGCAUCUUUUUGAAUGUAUGUUUAUUUUAAAAGCAUGUUUUGUGAUGAGGUUUCUCAAUGUGUAAUCAAGGUUUGUCACAAGAUACAGAGGAAAGUGCAUCCUUUACAAAGAACAACAGGCCAGUACAGCUUAAGGGCCGCCUUUCUCUUUUUAUCUUUUUUUCCUUUUCAUUCGAGCAACAGGGUGUGCUUGUCUUUAAUACAGACAACAGAUAUCUUCUUCCCAACUUAAAUAAAGUCUUUAGAUUGUGAUUUUUCUCUCUUCAGCAGGGAAAUAAUUGAUUUCUAAACUGGGGCCUAAGAUGCGGCAGUGGCCCCGUGUACUUUCCUAGGAGAGGCAUCUGGUCGAGUCUUCACAUGUUGGUGCUCAUUCGUGUUUGGCUGUUGGCAGGUGUGAGCUCCCCUUGACUGCCUUCUCUUGGAGGGGACUGCAAAAGAAAUGAGAGGGAUCAGUGAGAAGCAUCACGUAGAGCAGGAGAAACAGACUGGGAAGGAAAUGCAUGCUGGAAUACUUGAAGAAUGACAGAUGAAGACUAGGGGUAUAACAAGCAUUUCAAUUUUUCUGUGUCUCAAAAUCUAAUAGCUCUUUCGCAGGGAACAGAACCUCACAAGAUCUCAGAGGGCUUACAGUUUUUCCAUACAUAUUAAAAGGAACUUGCAUCUAGUUGAUUGCCUAAAUGCAAUAAGCUAGUGGACUGAUUUGAAAAUAUUUACAAGAUAAGCUCAAUCCACAGCAUUUGUG